AGAAAAUCAGACAGUUUCGGCCGUGCGCUGAAAGUGAAGCAACAUUUGACGUUUCGAUCUUGUUUAAAUUUGUUUGGAUUCCUCCUUCAUUGUUCAUUUGGCUGUUUUGAUUGUAGGCGCGCGAACAUACGCUGUGGUUAAGAGUGAAAUUAUUUAUCAGCUGUAGUUUUGUGUUGAAACCUCUACUUGCUAAUUGAAAGCGCACACACAACCACAAGUAUUGGAUUUGCAUUCAAGGCGAUUGUUGCGACAAAAUACAAACACUGAUUAACACCUGUCAACCAUCUACAAAUUGCGACAAGUGAAAAUGCGGUUUACAAAGUGCGGCUUGACGCCUACUAUCUUGCUGUUGCUCAUUGCCAGCACGCAAGCUGGGCUUGUGCACAGACAGAAUCGUAAUGCAAAUUUAAUUGUAGCGCCCGCUGGAGAGAAUUUGAUACCAGUGCAGAUUAUACAAGAUGGUCAGCAGUUGGAAAACGAGCAGAUUAAGACACAACCAGAACCACAACAGACUAUCGAAACCGUACAACUGAAAACCACUGUAGAAAAUGCAGCUCCAGUGUACGAAGCCGUUGCUGAGAAAAUUGCAGAACCCAUUGAAACUGCGGAUAGUUUGCAAACCGCCAAUGCUUUGCUUGAAAGCGAACGACAGCAGGAUGAGCAAAUCAUUGAACAGGAGAUCAAAGAGGCGAUAUUGGAUGAGAAUCGUGAGCUCUUACAAGCUGCAGCAAUUGCUGAGAAGACAACACAGAUACAGGAAGCUGAGCAACCACAACAACUACUGAAACAAGCGCAGGAAAUCAAUACCGAAUUGAAGAAUGGUGUACCCGCUGAAGCCUACGAAGCAGCUGCCGCCUACUUUAAUGCACCUGAGACUCCUGCGGCGGAACUGAACACAGCGGAAGAAGUGAAAAGCAACAACCUGUUGAAGUCCGAAUCGUUAGUGAUCGACAGUUUGCCAGCUGAGUCGCAGAAUGCCGUUGCUGUAGAACAGCUUGUUUCCAAUGAACCGAUUGCCGUAGUUGCUGUCAUCGCUGAUGAGCCUGCGUCUGUUCCUGUCGAGCAGUUACGUCAAGUAGCAGCUGUUGCCGCCGCCACACAGGCUACGCCUACCCAGACCACCACCCAACAGAACUUUGUACAACAAUUAAUACAAAAUUCGCCACUUGGCCAAUUCUUCGGACAAUUGUCUGGCCAACAACAGCAACAGCAAUUGGCCUCGCCAGGAAUACAAGUAGCCGCCGAUCAGCCUGCUACGCCCGCACCAACACUGCCUGGCUUCCUGAAUCCUCAGAACGCUAUAACUCAGGUCCAGAAUGCUGCGCAGAGCGUUGCAAAUGCCACCGCACAAGCUUUCCAGGGCGUUCAACAGUUCGCAAAUAAUUUGGGUACUCAAUUUCAAAAUACACUAUCGAGCUUGAGUGGACAACAACAACAAGUUCAGCUAAGCACCGCCGAUUCAACCACAGCACGUCCUCCUGGUCCCAUACAGUCGCUAAUCAACAAUUUUGUAGGGGGCAACCCACCAGCUGGUGCAGCCGCAGCCGCCGGUGCUACUCCCAACCCCGCUCAACAAGGACCUUUCCAAGGUAUUAUCAGCUUUUUGCAAGGCGGCAAUCGACCACAAGCCGUUGCUACAAGUGGCACAGUGGCGGCUGUUGUACCCGCUCCAGCUGGCUCUAUUAUACCCGCAGAAGCUGGACAGGUCGACAACAAAGUGGAUGAGCUGAAAAAGGAUGAGUUGACGAAUGCAGUGGCAGAGCCAGACCAACAGCCAGGAGAGGAAGCUGGCGAGAUUGAUCAGACCGCUAAUGAAGUGCGCAACAGCGCCGAAGUUGGACUCGAUUCGCUGGAGGAUAAUAAUACCGAUCAAUUGAUAAUUGUCGAAGACGACGGUAGCCAGCAGGGACGGAAGAAUGAAGAGAAGGUCGACAAUGUGGCCUAAAUUGAAGUAUUGCGCUUAUUAUUAGGUACUAUAAGCCCUUAAAGUCAAUAGUUUCCACAUUGUCAUUCCAUAAUCGCUAGUGUAGCAGUGGCCAAGUUUUAUUUACUCAGUCACUAAAAGUGCGUGAUUCAAAAUUAAUCAUUUUUAAAACAUUUUUCAUAAAAUCUCUUCUUAAUUUAAACACUUAGUUUUAUGCGCGAUAUCAUUAUAAGCUCAUUAAAUUCUAUUUAUUUCAUUCAUGACUGUAAUUUUAAUUGAAACAAAACAUAAUAUAUAUUGAAAUAAAAUAAAUUAAAUAUAUUUUAAAAUA